CAGCAGAGGACGCUCUGGCCCGGUUCCUCUGGUCUCAGGAGAGUGGGGACCCUCCAGAACCCAGCUGACUGAGCUGACCCGCUCUGCUGCGUUUAAUCUCCGUGGGAAACCGGAGCGUCGACAUUCCACCGUGGCAGACUGACAGAUAACGCUGAGGGCGAAGGUCGAACGCAGAGGUGUGUUUGAGCGCGGUGACCGCUGGAGCACGAGGCCGGGGAGCUGCAGCCGCGGCGCCGCCAUGGUUCUCCUCAGACAGAAGCUGCUGCCUCGGUACCUGCUGCUGUCCUGCAUGCUGGCCCUGCUGCUCCUCAUCAGCUCCUUCUGGCGCCCUCAAGGAGAACGUCCAGACUGUGGCUCUGCCGGGAGGCCAUGCUCCACCUUCCACAUCCAAACGUCUAAACCCACACUGCUGGAGGCGUGGCAGGACCCAGGAGGAGGCUCCGCCCUCAUCAAAGAGUGUCCGGGCCAGUCGUUCCAGGCCUGGCGUCUUCUCAAGUACUUGAAGUCCAGCAUGGCAGAAGAUGGCGACAUCCUGCUGGAGUGGUACCUGCAGGGCUGGGACCAGCUCCUCGAGUUCAUGGAGUCUCUGGGGACGAUGGUCAGUUUCUUCUCUCAGAAAGUCAGAGAAAAAACGUCUCUGAUUCGGGAGCUGUCGCUCCGGCACAGGAUGGAGGUUCAGGGGAAGACCUCCGACCGCCCGACUCCACCCGCGUUCGGGCUAAAGGACGGUGCGUAUCGAUCUGUUCAGUCCAUGGUGGAGGCGGAGCUAAAUGCAGGCGUGGUUAACUUCUACCGUCGCACGGACUCGGGGUGCCGGACGCUGCUGAGGCUGCAUCGCUCGCUGCUGUGGCUGAAGCUGAUGCUGGAGGGUUUGUCCGAGGGUCCGGACGCCGACGGGCGAUACAAGACCCCCGGAGAGCUGAGCAGGGACGCCUACAUGGUGGCCUUGGCCCCCCACCACCCGUGGCUGCUUCGCCAGGCCGCAGAAGUGGUGUUCCUCGCCCUCCCUGACAGGAAGUACUUCCUGCAGCUGGUGUGCGUGCAGAAGCAGGAGGAGGCCACGCCCGUCCUGCGCAUCAUCAUCCACGCCCUGACGCAGGUGCACACGCGGACGCAGCAGAUCCUGGAGGAGCACGGCAUGCUGGAGCUGCCCUGAAACCCCCCGAGAGGGCUCCAGAGACCGUCUCCGUCCUGUUGUUCUGGACUUUAGAUUUUGAACGGAAACCGGAGCGAAUCUUUCUCCAAACCAGAAACCGAAGACCUCAUCACCGUCUGGUCUUGAACAGUUUUUCAUUUUAACGAGAAAUGUUCAUCCUAAAAAUCUGUUUUUUUUGUUCAGAUUCUGGGCAGAAAUAAAGUUAUUUAUGAGUAA